UUUCGUAUAUUUUCGGAGCGAGACCUGCUUUUCGAACCCAAUUGGUCAAUUUAUUUUAUGAAGAUAACGGAGCAAUGAAUCGUCUGUCUCCUUUGCAUAAUGUUUUUUAUGUUUUUAGUUUACAGCCCUACGCCUUGCAUGCUCGCGGUUCCUAUCCGUUACUAAAAUGCCACCACGUUUUCAAUUGCUAGAUAUUUUCUAUCGCUCUAAAAAUGAGAUACAUCGGGUGAAAUCAGCAUGUUGUGGACUCAGAACGCGAUGAUUGGUGUAUUACACUAUGCAGUCCAUCAUGCUUUGCACGACUGUUAUCUCUGCGGGUGCGGAAACCAAUCACCAAAGCCUGUUUUGCACAUUUUGAAUCGGGCUAAAUUUAACCCAAAGUGGCAUAUACCGGGGGCCUUUCCAUCGGCACUUCAGUCACUCGCACAUACCAGCCAAUGUAUUGGAUCGUGCUCACGGCCGGGGGUCCGACGGAAUGGGCCUCACACUGGUCAUAGUUCAAGUUCUGCGCAUCUUUGUCAAACUAAAAAGAAACGAGGCGCUAUAAGCACGUAACAAGAUUUCUCGAUGGCGAGGUAUAAUUCGAUAAUAGUUAUCAUCUUAUUGGUAACUGCGAAUGGUGUGGCUUUAAAGGAUAGGAGAGCCGUACCGUCGGCCUGUCGGGCCGUCCAGCCGUGUGUUUGUACUCGCCAUUCGAGGGGUCUACGGGCGGACUGCAAGGGGAAAAGCUUGAUCAGUGUUCCCCAAGGACUGCCGGCUUCUGUCUUCGUACUUGAUUUGAGCCAGAAUAAUAUAUCGUCGUUACCUGCGAGAUCCUUUGCUAAUUAUUCACAACUACAACAUCUAUAUUUACAAAGCAACAGAAUAAGAAAAAUCCACAAAGAUGCCUUUGUCAACCUCAGACGACUAAAAUCUUUAGAUCUAAAAGAAAACAGUUUAUCUGAAUGGCCUGAGUUAAGUCAAACUCUGCCAGAGCUACAGUCACUGUAUUUGUCAAACAACAAGCUAAGCAGAAUUCAGCACAAGCAUUUCGGAGCAAUAUCCAAUGUGUUAUUCGUAUUUCUAGACUACAAUGAUCUUACCGUUGUACCAGAUGGACUGAAAGCCCUGUCCAGACUACAGCACUUAAAUUUGAACUUUAACAGAAUAUCAAAAGUCCCUCGAAAUGCAUUCAACAAGCUUCGUCUUCUUGUAGAGUUGAAAAUCGCGUCCAAUGCAAUGGUGCAAAUCGAGGAAGAUGCCUUCGCCGGUCUUCACUAUCUGGUUCAGCUGAAUCUUCGCGGUAACAAACUGAAGUCAAUACCAACAUCAGCCAUUAACGAUCUGAUGAGACUUCAACAGCUUGAGCUCGACGGGAAUCCAAUUCGAGUCAUCAAAGACCACGCGUUCAAGGGCCUCUCUCGCCUGACUGAGAUAGCCCUUGGAUGGGAAAAACUUGAAGAGGUUUACCACAAUGCGUUUACAGAACUUCCGCUACUUCGACGACUACCUCUUGGAAAUGUCAAAUUAAAGCAUUUUCCCAAUCUAACGGGUACUCACUCCUUGCAAAUACUGACACUAGAAUCAAACUACAUUGAAUAUCUACCUAGAAAUUUCUGCGGCAUGUUUCCGAAGCUGUACGAUUUUAACGCCAACAUGAACAAGAUUAAACGCAUACCAGACAUGUCGGGCUGCAAGUCGAUGGAGCUUUUGAAGCUGGUCCAUAACCAGAUAUCAUCCAUUGGGUCUUCGUUGCAAGGAAUGGCUCGACUCAAAGACCUCACCCUUGAGGGAAACCGCAUCACUGAGGUUAACGACAACACGUUCAAGGGCGUAAAAAGUCUGGAGACACUUGAUUUGGCGAAAAAUCAAAUCAAACAUAUUUCCAAGAAUGCAUUUUCUCACUUCGAGAGACUUCAGACAUUGGACUUGAGUGAGAACCUCUUUGUCCGGCUGCCGUCGGCUGGUAUGCAGCAGAUCAGGCGCCUGUACCUGCGGGGGAACCGUCAUCUCAAAGAGCUGUCGGUCCAGGACCUCCCUCGUGUACACACCGUGGUGGCAGCGUACCCGUACCACUGCUGCGGCUUCCGCAAGAAAGUCAACAACCGCAAGAUAACAGGUAAUGGCGAGGCUGUGGUAUCUGAGGGAGCAUGGUACUGGACUAAAGAGCACGAAUAUCUUCGCUUAGACCGUCCAGGAAACAGUUCUUUGACUUUAGACGACGAUGAUCUCUCGGAGUUUGGUUCCGGCAAGGUUGACGCCGCUCUUGGCCUAGACACCGAGUUCUCCGGCAACGGGUCUGAGCCCGCAGUCUACAACUCCACCAUUGUUGGGUCAGCAGAUAGUAUCCUUGGUGAGCUGGAUGAUUGGCAGCGCGAGGUGAAUUGCACGCCUUUGCCAGAUCCGUUUUUCCCGUGUGAGGAUCUGAUGGGGUCGUGGUUACUGCGCAUGGGCGUUUGGAUUGUGUUUAUGCUUGCGUUACUCGGGAACGUCACGGUGAUUAUCGUGAUUCUGGUCUCCAAGACCAAGAUGGACGUGUCACGCUUCCUGAUUGUAAAUCUGGCCGUCGCGGAUAUGUGUAUGGGGCUUUACCUUGGAUUACUGGCCAUCGUGGACGCGUCCACUAUCGGCGACUUUCUCCACCAUGGCGUCGAGUGGCAGCUGAGUACAGGUUGUAAGACUGCGGGUUUUCUUGCGCUUCUUUCCAGCGAGGCCUCGGUAUUCACCCUAACAGUCAUCACUAUCGAGCGAUUUAUCGCUAUAAGACAUGCGCUGCACAUCCACAAGAAGAUGUCGUUGAGGAAGACGACCAUAGUGAUGGUGAUUGGCUGGGGUCUGGCGCUUAUCAUUGCCACGCUUCCUCUCGCCAAGGUCAGUGACUACACGAAGGUCAGCGUGUGUUUGCCCUUCGAGAUCGGAGAGAUUGAAUCCUUGACUUUUGUCACCUUUACCAUGGUGCUCAACUGCGCGGCGUUUCUGGUCAUAUUCGGAUGCUACGUGGGGAUAUACCUCCAAGUGCGUGGAUCCAACGCGUGGAACACGAAUGAUACGCAGGUUGCGUUACGAAUGUCACUGUUAGUAGUCACGGACCUCAUGUGCUGGGCGCCCAUCGCGUUUCUUGCGCUGACCGCGACGUUUGGUACAACCUUCGUCAGUCUGAACGAGGCCAAGGUCUUUACGGUAUUCUGCUUUCCGCUGAACUCGUGCGCUAAUCCGUUCUUGUAUGCAAUAUUUACCUCGCAAUUCAAGAAGGACUGUUUGACAAUUUGCAGACGGGUUAAAAACUCCCCCGUGCCUCCUAAGAUUCACAUAACUUUAUCGAAAAAGCGCUUUUCUGUCAGUGGCGCGGCACUCGAGAGAGGAUCUAACGCGAGCGCACAGGUCCCAUCACGUGACACGAACAGUGAUGGACGCCUCCUGAUGCUUCGUUUAUCUAAUGUUAUUGUAAAUAGGAGAUUUUCACUUCCGCCGGAAGUGAGGCUAGGUACUGGGAAUAAACUGAAGACGAUUCCCCAGGAAAGUUCGCGCAGUUUGACCAACUCGCCGUCUUCGUGCUCGAACGCGAACUCUACGGAGCAAACUACGCUGAAUCCCGAAAAACGUCGUAUGAUCAUUGAAAUGGAAACAGCUCUUUGACGAGGUGAACAGUAACUAAUCUCCUUCUCGCGCUUGUUUUUCGGGUCCAAACAUUUUGUUGCUUGUGUAAUAGCACUAAAGCCCCGUGCAAACUGCGCCAGCACCUGCCAGCAUUGCUGGCGAAUUCUUGCUUGACUGACUACAAGACAAAGGAAAUGUCAGAAAGUCCAUUUACCAUUUUGACAUUUCCUUUGUCCUAUAGUCAGUCAAGCAAGAAUUCGCCAGCAAUGCUGGCUGGUGCUGACGCAGUUUGCACGAGGCUUAAACUUCACAUCUUGAGUGGUGUAUCCAGGUCUCAAGGCCCUGUCAACCUUGAAUUUCAGCUCUCAAUUUUGACACAUGUAAAUAUGAUGUACAUAACAUUAUCAAUUUCCAAAUGGGGAAGCAAACAGUAUUUAUUAGGAAAUUGUGUAUUAUAGCAAUUAUGUAAAGACAAAUUGUAUUAUUGCUGUUAUAUAUAUUUAAAUAUUAACAAACUGCAAGAAAAUUUAAA